UUGCCUACAGGAGCCACUGCUUGUAUUGAAUUGAAGAGAUUUGAAGAAGCAAUCACUUGGUGUGAUAAGGGACUAGCUGUAUCAUUUGAAGGAAUCUUUCAUUUCUAACCGUGGGUAUAAUGGAAAAAAGUUUCCAGCUCAUAUACUUUCAAGGGAGAAAAUACAAUGAAGGGUAUUAAUUAUGAUGGGAACUUGUCAGCUCAUAUACUUUAAGUGUGUGUGAUUAAAAACAUAGGAGAAGUUAUUACCUCAGGACUUAUUAAUGAAAUUACUCCUUUUAGCCAAUUUGACUUAGUUCUACUAUCCAUGCCAAUAACUGGUACAUUAGUUUAAAUAACCCUUUAAUUUCCCAGACCAAAUUUGUAAUUAUCCUUACUGUCAACCAUACAAUUCUUGUAAUGCUAGUACAGAGAAUUCAGUAUUGCAUCAACUAACUAUUUUUAAAUUGAUAUAUUUUUUUUUACUCUCAACACUUAUCUGAUUGAUAUUGUAUUGCUAUUGUAAGGAGAAAUUCUCUUUUGGUCACUCACGGGAGUUAAAGGGUUAGAAGACUAAUAUUCAUCCAGUUUAUACAUAGUACUUGGGUAGAUUAUCUCUCUAAAACAAGCCAGAACAAAAACGUCUUUAAUGUUUACAUAUCUUAUGCAGAUUUUCUGCCUUCGACCUUUUGCCUCUACUUAGGAGACUCAGAAACUUUCGUUGUGCUUUCCUAUGGACAAAUAAAAAAUUUAAAGAUAUGUAUUUAUUUUAUGUAUUUUUGUUUUUUCCACAUUUUUAACCCUUAACAUAAAAAAGAUUGUCAAAAACAAUAGGAUCUUGUCGUCAUUAAGACUUCAGUCUGUCAGUGAAGUGGGAGAUAAGUCCAUGGAGGAAAAACAUCCUAUUAGUCAUGACCACGAUAGUGCAAGUUCAGGUGAUGUCAAGAAAGUCAUAGAUCUCUAUAAUCAGGGAAAAGAAGCCAUAGAGUACCACAACCUACAUCUUAAAAUAGCUAAAGAAGUAGGAGACAAGCAUGGGGAGGGUGGUGCUUAUUGCAAUCUUGGCAAUGCUUCUCACAGUCUGGGUGAUUUCAAAAAAGCCAUAGAGAACCACAACCUAGAUCUUAAAAUAGCUAAAGAAGUAGGAGACAAGCAUGGGGAGGGUGCUGCUUCUGGAUAUCUUGGCAAUGCUUAUCACCGUCUGGGUGAUUUCAAAAAAGCCAUAGAGUACCACAACCUACAUCUUAAAAUAGCUAAAGAAGUAGGAGACAAGCAUGGGGAGGGUAACGCUUAUGGCAGUCUUGGCAAUGCUUAUCUUAGUCUGGGUGAUUUCAAAAUAGCCAUAGAGUACAACAACCUACAUCUUAAAAUUACUAAAGAAGUAGGAGACAAGCAUGGGAAGGGUGCUGCUUAUGGCAAUCUUGGCAAUGCUUAUCACCGUCUGGGUGAUUUCAAAAAAGCCAUAGAGUACCACAACCUACAUCUUAAAAUAGCUAAAGAAGUAGGAGACAAGCAUGGGGAGGGUAACGCUUAUGGCAGUCUUGGCAAUGCUUAUCUUAGUCUGGGUGAUUUCAAAAUAGCCAUAGAGUACAACAACCUACAUCUUAAAAUUGCUAAAGAAGUAGGAGACAAGCAUGGGAAGGGUGCUGCUUAUGGCAAUCUUGGCAAUGCUUAUCUUAGUCUGGGUAAUUUCAAAAAAGCCAUAGAGUACCACAACUGAGGUCCUAAAAUAGCUAAAGAAGUAGGAGACAAGCAUGGGGAGGGUGUUGCUUAUGGCAAUCUUGGCAACGCUUAUCUUAGUCUGGGUGAUUUCAAAAAAGCCAUAGAGUACCACAACCUACAUCUUAAAAUAGCUAAAGAAGUAGGAGACAAGCAUGGGGAGGGUGCUGCUUAUUGCAAUCUUGGCAAUGCUUAUGACAGUCUGGGUGAUUUCAAAAAAGCCAUAGAGUACCACAACCUGAUUCUUAAAAUCGCUAGAGAAGUAGGAGACAAGCAUGGGGAGGGUAACGCUUAUGGCAAUCUUGGCAAUGCUUAUCUUAGUCUGGGUGAUUUCAAAAUAGCCAUAGAGUACAACAACCUACAUCUUAAAAUCGCUAAAGAAGUAGGAGACAAGCAUGGGAAGGGUGCUGCUUAUGGCAAUCUUGGCAAUGCUUAUCUUAGUCUGGGUGAUUUGAAAAAAGCCAUAGAGUACCACAACCUACAUCUUAAAAUAGCUAAAGAAGUAGGAGACAAGCAUGGGGAGGGUGCUGCUUAUGGCAAUCUUGGCAAUACUUAUCGCAGUCUGGGUGAUUUGAAAAAAGCCAUAGAGUACCACAAUCUACAUCUUAAAAUAGCUAAAGAAGUAGGAGACAAGCAUGGGGAGGGUAACGCUUAUAGCAGUCUUGGCAAUGCUUAUGACCGUCUGGGUGAUUUCACAAAAGCCAUAGAGUACCACAACCUACAUCUUAAAAUAGCUAAAGAAGUAGGAGACAAGCAUGGGGAGGGUGCUGCUUAUGGAAAUCUUGGCAAUGCUUAUCACCGUCUGGGUGAUUUCAAAAAAGCCAUAGAGUACCACAACCUACAUCUUAAAAUAGCUAAAGAAGUAGGAGACAAGCAUGGGGAGGGUGUUGCUUAUGGCAAUCUUGGCAAUCCUUAUCGCAGUCUGGGUGAUUUCAAAAAAGCCAUAGAGUACCACAACCUACAUCUUAAAAUAGCUAAAGAAGUAGGAGACAAGCUUGGGGAGGGUGCUGCUUAUGGCAAUCUUGGCAAUGCUUAUCUUAGUCUGUGUGAUUUCAAAAAAGCCAUAGAGUACCACAACCUACAUCUUAAAAUAGCUAAAGAAGUAGGAGACAAGCAUGGGGAGGGUAACGCUUAUGGCAGUCUUGGCAAUUCUUAUGACCGUCUGGGUGAUUUCAAAAAAGCCAUAGAGUACCACAACCUAAUUCUUAAAAUCGCUAGAGAAGUAGGAGACAAGCAUGGGGAGGGUAACGCUUAUGGCAAUCUUGGCAAUGCUUAUCUUAGUCUGGGUGAUUUCAAAAAAGCCAUAGAGUACUACAACUUAAAUCUUAAAAAAGCUAAAGAAGUAGGAGACAAGCAUGGGGAGGGUGGUGCUUAUGGCAAUCUUGGCAAUGCUUAUCGCAGUCUGGGUGAUUUCAAAAAAGCCAUAGAGUACCACAACCUACAUCUUAAAAUAGCUAAAGAAGUAGGAGACAAGCUUGGGGAGGGUGCUGCUUAUGGCAAUCUUGGCAAUGCUUAUCUUAGUCUGGGUGAUUUCAAAAAAGCCAUAGAGUACCACAACCUACAUCUUAUAAUAGCUAAAGAAGUAGGAGACAAAUCCUCGGAGGCAAUGGCCUACAGUUCAUUAGGAUUGGUUUUUGAGUUACAAGGUAGACUGCCAAGAGCCGUUGAACAUUACCAAGCUAGCAUAAACUUAUUCAAUUCCUUGAGAGUACUUCUAAUAUCUAAAGAUGAGUGGAAAGUUAAUUUUCGAAAUCAGCAUCAAGUGGCGUAUACGGGUUUGUGGAGAGUUCUCGUAGAACAAGGUAAUGUAGAUGAAGCCUUAUUUGUUGCUGAGAAAGGACGAGCUCAAGCUCUGACCGACCUCAUGGAAUCCAGUUUUUGUGGUGGAACAAAUCACCACAAGGGAGAAGAUGAAGAUUGCGCAGUUUUAAAAAACGUUCCAUCAAACACUGUCUUUCAGGCAGUGGACAAAGCUAACGUCAAUCUUUGGGUUGUAUCCGAAGGAAAACAAGUUCACUUAAGACAAAGUAAACUCAAAGGUUUUGUUUCAGAGAAUAGUGGAUCUAGCCUGUCCUUUGAGUCGUUCAUGCUCGGUGUCUAUACACAACUUGGUGUUCGUUCUAAUGUGAGAUGCGAGAACCGAUCUCUAGAUGCUUUGAGGGAGGGCCGUUCAAAAGUGGAUGAGAAAACCAAAGAAGCCAAGGCUCGACCUCACAUCCAACAAGACGGAUGCUUGAGCACUUUGUAUGAUAUCGUUAUGAAGCCGGUGGCUGACUUGAUUGAAGGGGAUGAGCUACUCAUUAUUCCUGAUGGACCCCUGUGGAUCGCUCCUUACGCUGCAUUGAAGGAUGGUAAUUCUAAAUACCUGUGUGAAUCGUUCACAAUCCGAGUCGCUCCAUCGUUAGCAAGUCUUAGACUCAUUGCCGAUUGCCCAGAUGAUUAUCACAAAAGCAGUGGUGCGUUACUUGUAGGAGAUCCGUGGGUAUCCGAGGUUACUAACAGCGAGGGAAAGAAAGUCUUCGAGCAGCUUCAGUAUGCUAAAAAAGAAGUAGAAAUGAUCGGAAAAAUUCUGAAUAUCACGCCGAUCACUGGUAGUCAGGCCACGAAACGUGAGGUGUUGAAAAGACUUAGUUCCGUUUCCCUAGUUCACUUUGCGGCACACGGAAGUAUGGAAACUGGCGAAAUUGCUCUUACACCUGACCCAGACCGAAUAUCUACUGUGCCAACGGAGGAGGAUUACAUUUUAACAAUUGGAGAUGUGUUGAAUGCUCAACUUCGGGCCAAACUUGUUGUGCUUAGUUGCUGCCACAGCGGCCGGGGCGAGAUCAAGGCUGAAGGUGUGGUUGGCAUUGCGCGCGCUUUUAUGGGGGCUGGUGCUCGGUCUAUUGUGGUGUCCCUGUGGGCGAUUGAUGACGAGGCUACUCUUGAGUUCAUGAAAUACUUUUAUCAACAACUUGCAGGAGGUAAACCAGCAAGCGAGUCACUGAACCUGGCCAUGAAAAGCCUCAGAGAAUCAGACAAGUUCUGCGACAUCAAACACUGGGCGCCCUUUUUGCUGAUUGGAGAUGACGUCACUCUUGACUUUAAGGCAAAGGAAAGAGAAAAUUUGAAUAUGAAGUUACAUAAAUGA